AUGCUGAGGCAGGUCCGCACCCAGGUCAGCACGGCAGAGAGGAGGAGCGUGUCGAUCGCCCAGGCCAGCAACAUGCCACAGCAGGCGGCGGCAAGUGCAGCGGCCCCAUCGCAGCCAUUGAGCAUCCCGCUGUCGCAAGGCCAGGGGCAGAGCCAGACGCAGAGCCCAGUUCAUGGACAGGGCCAGCCGGAAUCCCAGGCCUCGGUGGCGAUGCUGAGCCCCCUGAACCAGAACAUGAUGCUCAGCCUGGGUGGGCAGAGCGCCCCCAGUGCAGUCUUGCGCUGGGCAACAAUGUCGGGGGGCCCAAUCCUUGCGUCCCAGAUGCAGAUUCUGCAGACGGCAGCGCUGGCCAACAGGUCCCUGCCACAGGCCAUGGGCGACCCACUGAUCCUGAGGCCCAGUCUGGAAACUUCAUUGUGCUGGGCGGCUCAGUGA